AAAACACAUUUACAGAGAAUGGAUAAUGGAAUGUGUGCUCUCACCGACACCCGGAGGGCACACAGUACAGACUGUACAUUUUAUACUUUAUAACUAUCCAUGACUAUCACUGCUUGUAUUUCCGCAUUGAAGGUGGAGACUGGAGACCUAAAGUGGGACAGGCUUGCUGUGUUACGUUUGGGGAAGUUGCUCAAUAUCGGAAAUACACCUUUUACUAAACUGUGAGCAAAAUAUCAGUUUGCUAAUGUUCUGUUUUUUAUCAAUGGCGGACGAUUAACACCCGUAACGGCGCUGUAAGUUGUAGGGCUACACCAUUUCAGUACAACUAUCAGAUAAAACACAAACUCAGAUUGUGUCCGUAUUUUUUCGAAGAAUGAAUAAUUCUGUAACUCCCGCUACUUACAUUCGCAACCUCAGUUAUAGUUUACUUCGCAAGUUGUCCGACUUUCUGGACCCUCAAGACAGGUGGAAAGAUGUUAUUGUCUCGAUACGGAAGACGAGUGGGGAGUUAAGGUACUCUCAGCAUCAUGUGAGGAGAUUUGAAGGCCUUGUUGCACAGGGUAAAAGUCCCACAGUGGAGCUUCUGUCAGACUGGGGGACCUCCAACAGUACAGUGGGGGAACUUGUGGAGAUUUUGAAGAGUCACAAGUUAUUGGCUGCUGCUAGUGUCCUGCUACCUGUGGAAGAGGCAGUCCCACCAGAGACACAGCCAGCCUCUCCAUCAGUUGGAACAAACAGCACCCUUCCAACUAGACUACUGGAAGAGAGGGAGACGCAGUCACCACCUGCCAGCUCUCUUCUGCAGCCACAGAUUCUACUGGACAACAGUGAACCAGGCCACACAGGUGGUUUCUCCAGUUUCUUCUACAAUGAGCUGAUGGAGAUUACAGGAAACUUUGAUGAUCGUCCCAUAUCAGACGGCGGCAACAGACUUGGAGAGGGUGGCUUUGGCACUGUGUACAAAGGUCUUCUUAAUGACAAACCUGUUGCAGUGAAAAAGCUCAAUCCAAUGGAUGACAUCUCCCUGGACGAGCUGAGAGUUCAGUUCAACCAAGAGAUCCAAACUCUCAAAGUGUUGAAACAUGAAAACUUGGUUGACAUGGUUGGAUUUUCCUGUGAUGGACAGCAUCCAUGUUUGGUGUAUGCCCUUAUGGCCAAUGGUUCUUUGCUAGACCGACUAGCUUGCUUGGAGGGAAGUCCUCCUCUGUCCUGGCAACAGAGAUGCUUGAUAGCUGAAGGGACAGCGAGUGGCUUGGAGUAUCUGCACAGCAACCAUCAUGUCCACAGAGAUGUUAAAAGUGCAAAUAUCCUGUUAGAUGAAAAAUUAGUGGCAAAGAUCUCAGACUUUGGGCUGACCAGAGCAUCAGCCAAGCGGACGUCAACAACCAUGAUGACGGAGAGGAUUGUGGGUACCCGUGCAUACAUGGCACCAGAGGCGCUAAGAGGAGAGAUCACACCAAGAUCUGAUGUCUUCAGCUUUGGAGUGGUGUUGUUAGAAAUAUUGUCUGGACUCCCGCCAGCCGAUGAAAACCGUGAGCCACAGUUCUUGAUGGAGGUGAGGUAUGAUAUAGAUGAUGAAGAUGAGGAGCUGACUUUUGAGGACUUCUUGGACAAAAAGAUGGGAGACUGGGAGCUGAGCCAGGUGCAGAGUGUCUACUCUUUGGGCUGUAACUGCCUCCACGAUAGGAAAAACAGACGGCCAGUCAUCAAACAGGUCCUGUUGGAACUUAAAGGAGUUGUCAAAAGCAUUGCACUGGAUUUGAAGGCAUGAAGCAUACCAUCCCAGAAAAGAAACAAGAUUUCUGAGCCUGCUCCAGUCACGCUGCACACAGACAAAUGGAUUUCCUUCUCAAGUUUCAGAGAAAUGAAUGCUACUGGUUGACUGUGACUGACAAAUAUUUAUAUUAAGCAUUAUCUUUUUUUCUGUAAUAAUAAACAGAAUUUUUUUUAAUCUCAUUUCAAAUGGUUUACUAUAUUUGUUUUUUGAUUUUUAAGAAGAAUGUAGCUUAGUUUUUCCACAGCAUUUUGUGAGGCUGUUAUGUCAGGUUUGAUAUCUCAAUAUCUUGAAAAGGCUGAAAGCAUCCAGCCACAGUGUUUGUCAUGUAGUGUAAAGGAAUACAAUUAAUGAAAGACAAAAUGUGUGAUUUAAAUAUUUAAUUUUUUCUUCUUAAAGAUUUGUAAGAAAACAAAGAAGACCAAACAUAUUUUUUUCUAUUAGAAUGACACUAUGAAUACAAAGGAAAGGAUUUUUCUUUCAAACAUGAGGUGAGCUUAGUAGCUUUCCUAAUAUUAGUCAGUAGACCAGUGGAUGUGGCAACAUAUUAAACAAGGUACUUCUAGUAUUCCCUUUCCUUACGGUUGCUUGAGUGCUCUCUUGUAUGGGCACCAGCAAAGUUUGAGUAGGUUCCUUUUAGUGAAAUCUGAGAUGUAUUGAUGUAAUAUUUCUGGAAGCCCCUGUUCUUUCCACUGUGAUCCUCACCGACACAGACAAUCACCAGAACAGACCGGACUGUUUCUUAAUCAUAGAGCAUCACACAGCUACAAUAUGUACAUUUACAGCA